CUUUUAGGUUUAUUUUCUUGAAAAGGAUCCAAGCUUUGGCUUGGAAAACCCAACCGCCAAAAUUGAGCCCAGCAGCUGGAGCGGCAGCGAGAGCCCUGCCGAGAACAUGGAAAGGAUGAGUGACUCUGCAGAUAAGCCAAUUGACAAUGAUGCUGAAGGGGUCUGGAGCCCCGACAUUGAGCAGAGCUUUCAGGAGGCCCUGGCUAUCUAUCCGCCUUGUGGGAGGAGGAAAAUCAUCUUAUCAGACGAAGGCAAAAUGUAUGGUAGGAAUGAACUGAUAGCCAGAUACAUCAAACUCAGGACAGGGAAGACGAGGACCAGAAAACAGGUGUCUAGUCACAUUCAGGUUCUUGCCAGAAGGAAAUCUCGUGAUUUUCAUUCCAAGCUAAAGGUAACAAGCAUGGAUCAGACUGCAAAGGAUAAGGCCCUGCAACACAUGGCGGCCAUGUCCUCAGCCCAGAUAGUCUCAGCCACUGCCAUUCACAACAAGCUGGGGCUGCCUGGAAUUCCACGCCCACCCUUUCCGGGGGCACCGGGGUUCUGGCCGGGAAUGAUACAAACAGGGCAGCCGGGAUCCUCGCAAGACGUCAAGCCCUUUGUGCAGCAGGCCUACCCCAUCCAGCCAGCAGUCUCGGCCCCCAUUCCAGGAUUUGAGCCUGCGUCAGCCCCAGCUCCCUUGGUCCCUGCCUGGCAGGGCCGCUCCAUUGGCACAACCAAACUUCGCCUGGUGGAAUUUUCAGCCUUUCUGGAACAGCAGCGAGACCCAGACUCGGCGGAUUUAAACUGCAAUAUUCAAGAUGAUGCUGGGGCUUUUUAUGGUGUAACCAGCCAGUAUGAGAGUUCUGAAAAUAUGACUGUCACCUGCUCCACCAAAGUUUGCUCCUUUGGGAAGCAAGUAGUAGAAAAAGUAGAGACGGAGUAUGCAAGGUUUGAGAAUGGCCGAUUUGUAUACCGAAUAAACCGCUCCCCGAUGUGUGAAUAUAUGAUCAACUUCAUCCACAAGCUCAAACACUUACCAGAGAAAUAUAUGAUGAACAGUGUUUUGGAAAACUUCACAAUUUUAUUGGUGGUAACAAACAGGGAUACACAAGAAACCCUCCUCUGCAUGGCCUGUGUAUUUGAAGUUUCAAAUAGUGAACACGGAGCACAGCACCAUAUUUACAGGCUUGUAAAGGACUGAAUGUGGUUAUUUAUAUAUAUAGAUAUCUGUAUAUACACACGCGCACACACACACAUGUGCACACACAUACACACUCCAUUAUCGAGCGACUGACUGUAAACCCCACCACACGGGGGUGGUGCCCUAGCCCUGAGGUCCCCCCGCCUUUUCUAAAUCCUGUUUGAGUGAAGUCAUGUUUCCAUGUGUUCAUACUACCAUUGUAGCUGUGAAGUUCUGGUACAGUUGUCAAACGAGAAAUAGAGUUGUAUCUGUGUGUUCCUCAGAUCUGCAGCCUACAGUUCCUCGGGAGAGGGGAACCUUCAGAACCCAGCUCUUUGUCUGCAGAGACCUGUAUCUAAAUGUGAUAGAAAAUAUCAAGACAGAGCAUUUGCCAUGGGACAUUUACAGCCUUUAUACAAGUGUAUUUAGUUCUUUUUUUUUUUUUUUUUACCCCAACAUAAAAUUCUUGUUUUAAGAUACAAGUAAAAGUAAUCUUUAAAUAUAAAUGUAAAUGAGUACACAAAACUAAGAUUCUUUAGACUUAUCUUUGUAAUUAAUUAGGGUGGAAGUUUUAAAAGAAUGUAAUUCACUAAAUUAUUUUUUAAAUGAAACCUUUCUUUCUGUUUUCAAACCAAAUGUUAAAAUAUAGCCUUAAGAAAUGCUUGGUAGAAAUAUCCUAAUGAGACAAAUUUGUACUUUUUUUUUUUUUUCCUCCUCAAGGCUAAAACUAAUCUCCUAAUCCAAGUUAACUCUGGAACAGGUAUUACAAAGAAAGAAAACAUCACUCCUUAUUCUUAACAUAUAUAGUAUAUUUAAAAAUAUAAAAUUAUAUUGUACUAAUGUGAUGAUCUGAUUAUUUAAUGAGAAAUGACAGACGGCUCCUUUGCAAUAAGUAGAUAAAUAUUGAAAAUUUAAACUUAAUUAACAAUGUUUAGAGUCUUGUGUGUGCAGUUAUAUUUUAUAUAGACAACCAAAUUUUUUUAAUUAUUAACUAUUUGAACCACUGAAAUUUCAUAACAGAACUUUAAAUUGGCAUGAAUACUGCACUGUGAGCAGCAAAGUAUAGAAAAGCCUGUGGCUGGGUGAAAACUUUUGUCAAUCAAACAAGUAAAAGGCUCAUCGGUUUUAGCAUCUCUGCUUCCUGGAAAAUUGCAUCCUCAACAGCCUGUGGACAGGUCUUUUUUUCUGGAGACCCCAUGUACCUGUUAACCUGCUAUCUCUGUAACUUGUAUAUGUGUGUAUGUGUGUAUAUGUAUACAUAUAUACAUGUAGGCAUGAUAUAGUUACUCAACACAUAUUUAUUAAACAUCUAGUUAGUGUUACUGAGCUUGCUAGGUGCUGAUAUGUAUGUAGGUCUCCAUUUGUGCCCAUCGAUCUCGGUGUGCUAGCUCUAAAGACAUCCAUUUACUUGACAUCUCUCAGUAAGUCACAGCAUUUAUUUCGCUGUGUAAAGAGGCCCAGCUAUCCAUUUCUGACCUUUUCAAACAGGCUCAUUUGGAAGGUUCUCUUCCCUAGAGAGAUUCAGCUUUCUAAUCCAAAUAUUCCACAGUGUAAUGUGGCUACAUGUCUUGGGUUAGUUCUAUAAGUGCUUCAUUGGAUAGAGGACAAGAACGUAUCCCCCAAUUUACCAGAAGAAAAGAACUUUUUAAUUAUUGUGAAUAUGUUCAAACAUAUCCACACUGAAAUGAAUUUUGUAAGUUGUGAACCUAGCCACAAUUGUUUUCAUCAUGCCAGAAAACAAACACCACAUUCUACCACAUUCAUAGAAGUCACACAGUCCCUUUUCUAUCUCAGCUCCCACUUUGACCCAGCCU